AUGAUUCUGUUACCCACAAAUGCUGCUACUGCUACUACGCACUCUCUAGCCCCCGCCAACUCCAAUUCCGAUUCCCACCACCUAUCUCCCUCGCCGCCACCUUUUACUGUUUCUCCCUCUUUCUCUCCGUUUUGCUACUUUCCUUUCUUCUUCGUCCCCCAGUUUCGCCUGAUCUCAUUUCGUCCGAUCCAGGCUUCAAUUUACAUCAACCCACUUUCUUUUCAACAUCUGUCGCCGGGGAAUCGUAAAUUUUCUCUCUCUCUCUCUCUCUCUAUCUCUCUUGCACUCUGUAUGCUGCUGACAGUGUUCCUUCUCUUCGUGGAAUGUUUGGCAUCGUUGUCAAUCUCCAUUUCUCAAUGGAUUAAUAAUCUAUUCUCGACCAUUUUUAUGUCCCCACCAUCUCUCCUUUCUCCAUCCCACUUCUGUCUCGUUCUCUCUCUCUCUCCAUCCCACUUCUCUAUCCUCUCUCUCUCCCCCUCCAACUUGUCUCUUUCUCUCUCUCCCCUCCAACUUGUCUCUCUCUCUCUCUCCCCUCCAACUUGUCUUCUUCUCUCUCUCUCUCUCCCCCUCCAACUUGUCUCUUCUCUCUCUCUCCCCUCCAACUUGUCUCUUCUCUCUCUCCCCCUCCAACUUGUCUCUUCUCUCUCUCUCCCCUCCAACUUGUCUCUUCUCUCCCCUCCAACUUGUCCUUCCCCCCCAACUUGUCUCUCUCUCCCCCCCCUCCAACUUGUCUCUUCUCUCUCUCCCCCCCCUCCAACUUUCACUUUCUUUCUGCUUUUUUUUCACCCCCUCGCCUUUCUUCUGCCCCUCCUUUUCAGCACUCCCCCAUCAUCUACCUUCUGCUUUUCUUCUAUGCUCUUUCAUUUCUCUCCCCACUAA